GAGCUUCUGAUGGGGCCCGCCACGCCGCUGCGCCGCCGGACGCGGGCGCGGCCGGCCAGGGUGGACGACGGCGACGACGACGACGUCCGCUGCGAGGCGUGCGGGUCCGGUGAGUCGGCGGCGGAGCUGCUGCUGUGCGACGGCUGCGACCGUGGCCUGCACAUCUUCUGCCUCCGCCCCAUCCUCCCGCGCGUCCCCGCCGGCGACUGGUUCUGCCCCUCCUGCGCCUCGCCGUCGUCGCACUCCAAGAAAUCCCAGGUGGCCAAGACGCCCAAGCAGUUCCCGCUGGUCCAGACGAAGAUCGUGGAUUUCUUCAAGAUCCAGAGGGUUCCGGCGGCGGCGGCGGAGUUGUCGGAGGGGAAGAAGAGGAAGCGGAAGCCGGGGGGCAUCCGCCUGGCGUCCAAGAAGAAGCGGAAGCUGCUGCCCUUCAACCCCAGCGACGACCAGGCCACGCGCCUCCGUCAGAUGGCGUCGCUCGCCACGGCGCUCACGGCCACCGGCGCCGUCUUCAGCAACGAGCUCACCUACGUCCCCGGCAUGGCGCCCCGCUCCGCCAACCGCGCCGCCCUCGAGUCCGGCGGAAUGCAGCUGCUACCGAAGGAGGACGUGGAGACGCUGAAUCUGUGCAAGAGGAUGAUGGAGAGAGGCGAGUGGCCUCCUCUCCUCGUCGUCUACGACCCCGUCGAGGGGUUCACCGUCGAGGCGGACAGGUUCAUCAAGGACCUGACGAUCAUCACCGAGUACGUCGGCGACGUCGACUACCUGGCCAGCCGGGAGCACGACGACGGCGACAGCAUGAUGACGCUGCUGUCGGCGGCCGCCCCGUCGAGGAGCCUCGUCAUCUGCCCCGACAAGCGGAGCAACAUCGCCCGCUUCAUCAAUGGCAUCAACAACCACACGCCGGAUGGCCGGAAGAAGCAGAAUCUCAAGUGCGUGCGCUACGACGUCGACGGCGAGUGCCGGGUGCUCCUGGUGGCGAACAGGGACAUCUCCAAGGGGGAGAGGCUGUACUACGAUUACAAUGGCUCGGAGCAUGAGUACCCAACCCACCAUUUUGUAUGAGCACUAAAAAUUCUUUGAUUGGCACGGAGUAUUAUUUUGGUUGGAAGAAAGGGAUUAAUUAGGCAGCUAGAACAGUCUAGCUUUGCAGAUUAUUUAUGUUUGUAGUUACAAAGGGAAAAGGAAUGCAUUGAGGAGAUCCAUGAUACAUGUUCCUAGAGUUAGUGAUCUAGUUUGUGAAAUCAGAAUGUUGACCUGGGGAGAAAGAUAAUUUAGAAUUGUAUUGUUUCUGUUGUUGAAAUGAAAUGUGCAUUAAAUGGA